AUGUACCGACUGGCAGCUGACGUAUUUAAUGACCUCGCUAUGAUAUUAGACUGCUUGUCGCCGUUAGCCCCAGCAGGCGUCAGCCGGGUGACUGUCCUCAGUACAGCAGGCGUGCUAAGAGCUCUGUGUGGGGUUGCAGGAGGGAGCUCAAAAGCAAGCCUGAGUGCACAUUUCGCUCGAUGGGGAAAUCUUGCGGAGGUCAACGCCAAAGAUUCCUCGCAAGAGACUAUCAUUUCCCUCCUAGGAAUGCUGGUGGGCUCAUUUGUCGUCUCCCAUGUCACCGGCUUUGCAGCAACCUGGGUAGCCUUUCUUGCUCUGCUCUCACUCCAUUUGGGCUCUAAUUAUGCUGCUGUGCGGGCUGUGCAUAUGACAAGUCUAAACAGGCAGCGGACAAACAUAGUCUUUUCAGCGCUGUUCGCAUCCGAUCAGGAUCUCAACUUGGACGACUUGGGAGGACACGGAGCAAGCAAGCGAACCAGCGGGAUUGAUGAAAAGCAAUGGACCGUCUUGAGGCCGGCUGAAGUCGCCAGUCGAGAGAGGAUCUUCACAAGAGGCGAGAUAUUGACUUGGACACCUGUGGAUGGCCCUUCAUCAUCAACAACAGCAACGACAUAUAAACUGGGAUCCUGCCGCAUUGGUGUCCCUCUACAGUGUCUCUUGUCAGAACCUCCAUUCUUGUCAACAUCCAUUCCCAUCCCGCAUUUGAUAUCUCUGUUCGCAUCCGAGUCCUACUUGCUCUUCUUCACGUACAGCUCUAAGGGUACAUGGGAGGGAACCAUCAUCCUGAAAAGUGGAUGCACGGCUCCUUCACAGAUUAAAUCCUGGGCACAUGCAUUGCUUGCCGCACGGGUCUUACGUGGCUCUUUAACUGCUAGCGGAGAGCAUCAUCAUGAUAGUCGGGAGAAACGAGAUGACCAGGUCCUUCGUGUCAUGUCUCAGACACUAAAUUUCCUGAACGAGGGGUACCGAUUUGAAAAAUACGCACAAGCCUUGAUGGGGGCCGGUUGGAAUAUGGAGUUGGCCGCUCUAGAAACGAAGCCAGGACGAAGGAUUCGAUCAGACAUGGAGUGA